AGAGCAGGUGAAAUGUGGCCCGACUGGUCUGAUGGGAACAGAGAGAGACUCAGAGAGGUCGCUGAGUGACUGGCAAGCCUGUCAGUCAGGUGGAUUUAGCAGCAGUGAGGCUGGAGUUGAGACAAUGGCAUAGUUGUGUUUGUGUUGCUGAGUGUGGGUCUGUACUGUCACCUGGUUGUUUCACUGACUGAGGGGAAAGCUUGGAGCCCCCGUGGACUAACACCACCACUAGGCUUGACUAGAGUGGAAUUUCCCUCCUCUUCCCUGGCUGCAGCUGGGGGCAGAUGGUUGCUCUGAGAGUCUGAGCAGAACUCAGGAAGGAGAGUGAGAGGAAGGGUGGAGGGAGGAGGGCCGGACAGGGAGAGGAAGAGAAGCGAGGAGUGGACAGAAGAGGAGACAUGCUUCGCUACGGUUCAGGACGAACUGUUUCCACCACCACAACCACCACAACAGAGGACUCUCCAGGGUCUUCAAGUGAGAGGGGCAUCCGACGCCUGAGGUUAACUCUACAUGCAGGAGAUAAUGGAAACAAGGAACCCAAAACUGCAAACUCAGCCACACAGGCUGAGAAAGAGAAAGAUGUCAACGGGGCCUGGAAGAAGAAGAACGGGCUGAUCCAAAGAGAGAGGCCAGCUGGCAGGGAGUCGCCUCAGCAGCACCUCAGAGACAUGACCAAUGGGGUGCCAGAGACCUCGCUGCAGCAUCAUGGGCCCAAAGUGUUCGGUGUGGUGCAGAGGACGGGCUCGGACAGACAGCAGGAAGUGAUGGCGCGCGAGUGGACUGUCAGUCACCUUCAGGAUGAGAUGAGAUACAUCAGAGCGGUGAGAGACUCUCUGGAGAAGGUGAGGGAGCGGAUGUACGGCCAGUUUGGAGGAAUGCAGCAAUCAAUGGAGAAGCUUUCACAGGAAAUCAGGGCUGCCAACUCACACCGGAGGAGUCUGGAGUCAGAGGUGAAGAUCCGGACGACAGCCAUGGAGAGCUUUGAUCAGAUGAACAGCUCCCUCGUAUCUGCUAACAUCGACCUGCAGAAAUCCCUUUUGGAGAACUGUCAGAACAGAGUGAGCAUGAGAGAGGAGGUGAAGAGUUUGCGGAGCACCUGUGAGAAAACACAAGAAAAACUCAGAGACAAGGAGCGGGAGCUGGCUGCAGCACAGGCUGAGAACCAGACUUUGAGACUUCAGGUGGAGUCUUCGCGGGAGGCCAACAACCAGGUGCUGCACGAGCUCUCAGCAAAACUACAGAGAGAGUAUGAGGAAAAGCUGCAGGAGGAACAAAGGAAACACAGGGAGGAGAUUGAAAACCUACAGGCCCAACUCGAUGAGUAUAUCAGACGACUGGAGGAAGCAGAGAGAAACAUCAAGAUCGCAGAAGCCAAGAUCGCUGAGAGAGACCAAAGGAUCAUCGAAGUGGAGCGUCUUCUCGACUGUAUGGAAAAGGAGAAGGAUCAAUUCCAGAAGAAGCUGCAGGAAUGUGAACAGCGUCUCCGGCUGAUGGAAUUGCAAGACAAAACCGAUUCAACCGUAGCCAAAAGGUCCAAAGAGCUGCAGGGUGAAGCCGUAGAUCUCCGUGAGAGAAUCAAACACUUGAACGACAUGGUGUUCUGCCAGCAGAGGAAAGUCAAAGGAAUGAUCGAGGAGGUUGAAACGCUACGAGCUCAGGUCGCUCAGAAGGAUAUGUUCAUCUCAGAGCUUCUGGACAGAAUUGCCAUAGUGGAGUGCGAGAAUAAUGAAUUAGAAGACAAGCUGAAGUAUUUUAUGUCCAUACAGAAUAACCCGCGAGAGGUUUUGGAAACCAGAGAGAUCGGAGUAGGCUGUGAUCUGCUCCCCAGUCGCUUCCUGCAGUCCCACCCCACGUUGCCGGCUGAGACGUUCUCCCACAACCAAACAUCUGAAUCCCAACCUCCGGCAGCGAGUCUGGUUCAGUCCGGGAGAGAUGAGGUGGACGCAGGAACAGACUCAGACGCACGAUCAAGUUCAGAGGAGCCAGCUUUAUCUCCUUCCACUUUUCAACCGAGAUCAAGAACGCCUGGAGUUUAUACACCAUUCAUGAAACUUAUGGAAAUAACAGCUAAGAUAAAUAUAGAGUAAUCUUGAUGUAAUAGUUUGACUUGUUGGGAAAUUUACAAGCCAAGACUUGAAUAAGAAGAUUGAUGGCACUCUCAUUUCUGAACCCACAACUGGCAGCUGGUUAGCUUAGCUUAGCACAUUUUAUGGGAAUAAUCUACACAUUACCACUUUCAAAAUUCCCUUCAGGUUUUGCCAGGGACUUAGAUCGUGUAGUAAUGCAGGCCUGCCAGGUGACUCUGAUUGAUUCAAAGAACUACAAAGAAACCAAAUAGUUUUUUUUUCCUUUAUUGCAGAAUAACAGGAAGUGUAGUCAGACCAUUCUGUGCAAGAAAAGCAGCAAAACAGGCCUAGUUUUACCUCUAAACCUCAAAGAGACAUUUAGAAGCAGCACUUUGCCACAAAUAUGGAGGUUAUGAAAGCAAAAGUCAGGAAAUCAGAUUGGACUUACAGCUCCAAGUCAAGUAAUAGUACAUUACAAAUCAUAAAGUUACGUCUUAAUAUGUUUUCAUACAGACUACAAAAUGAGUUAAUUAAGAGCUUUAAAACUCCUAGUCGGCAGAUUUUGCUUCAUUUGGACAAAACAGACUAAUUAUAUCCCCCGAUUUUUCUAGUCAUUAUGCUAAGCUAAGCUAUAUGCAACUACAUUUAGCUUAGCAUUAAGCUAAUAUGCACUCUGAAGUAAAUAUGCAGCUAAAACUUGAGAAUGGCAUCAAUCCUCUCUCCUAUGUCUUGGCAAGAAAACAAAUAACUACAAUUACCAAAAAUCUUAAAUAUUUAUUUAAAACUCAGUUGGCUUUAGUCCAAGUUUUACUCCUGAUUAUCUUUUUUAAACUCUGUUACUCAGAAAUAAAUAUUUUAACAGUGACACAUCCAUAUUAGCUCCAUAUUAGCAAUUUUUCAGCCACUUGUGGUAAAGAAUGAAGAUGUAGAAAGUCAGCCUAUGUUUGCACAUAGCUCUCGUAAUAGUGAUAAUAAUAAUAAUAAUAAUAAUAAUAAUAAUAAUAAUAAUAAUAAUAAUAGGUGUUAGGUGUAAAUAAUCUCAUACUCUGUAAAAAUCUUUUUUAAAAUAAUGUAUUGAAGAGCUAUAUUUUGUUUGUUUACAGUGAAUGUAGCCUUGUAAUGUCGCUCACGGAGCUCUAAGCAUUUAGUCCUAUAUGAAGAUUGAAAUGGUUACUGUGUGUAUUUUGCUAUCAUUUUAUAUUUGUUCUGUACAAAUGAAAUGAACUGUAUUUUGUUAUUGUCAUAUUGUGUACAUAAUAUUUAUUAACAUGCUUUGUGCCUUUGUGAACAGCCUACUAUCUGAUACUGGUGGUGGGACUCAAUCUCUUUAAACUGGCGACAGGGUAAUGUGAUAAUAUGGUGAAGUUCUGUACUGAUGAUAAAGCUGUUCAAUCACUUUAAAGACAUUAACUUUAACAAGGUGACUGCCAUUCCUGAGCCAUGGGCACAAGUAUUAUCCAGCGGUUGUCUGUACUGCCACAACUGUGUUUGAAAAAGCUUUAUGAUGUGCCUUUUCUGUUAUGAUACAUAUCAGACUGCAACUAACAAUAAGAGGCCAGCAUAUGUUUGGAUAAUAAAGACUAUAUUGUAAAAGUA